AGAAGAAGUUGUUGUUACCUGUAAGGAACACGCGCUGUGUGAUCUGUAUCUAACCCAGCUGUCUUUAAGUCAAUGAUCGAACCUUGUAACAAGCGGCGGGCAAACUCCUCAAAUUACCACGUUCAGGAGUGAGGAUAGCAACAAUAAUACUGGAAAGUGACUUUCCGGAUUACAGUAACAGCCUUGAAGAGUACAGUGAAAGGGGUAAUGAGUACUCAGUACAGCAUACUUUUCAAACAGGAGCAUGCUCAUGAUGAUGCCAUAUGGACAGCUGCUUGGGGUAAAAGUCAAACAGAUGCAUCAGAGACCAUAGUGACUGGGUCUUUGGAUGACAUGGUGAAAGUCUGGAAAUGGUCAGAUGAGAAACUUGAGCUACAGUGGACUAUGGAGGGUCAUCAACUGGGAGUGGUCUCAGUAGACAUCAGUCACAAUGGUGCCAUUGCAGCAUCCAGCUCAUUAGAUGCCCACAUUCGACUUUGGGAUUUGGAGACAGGGAAGCAGAUAAAAUCUAUGGAUGCAGGCCCAGUGGAUGCAUGGACUGUUGCCUUCUCUCCUGACUCAAAGUACAUCGCUACAGGAAGCCAUCUGGGGAAAGUCAACAUUUUUGGUGUUGAAAGCGGGAAGAAAGAACAUUCUUUAGACACACGAGGGAAGUUUAUUUUAAGCAUAGCAUAUAGCCCAGAUGGCAAGUACUUAGCGAGUGGAGCCAUAGAUGGAAUCAUUAACAUCUUUGAUAUUGCAACUGGGAAACUACUCCACACUCUUGAAGGUCACGCCAUGCCAAUAAGAUCCCUUACAUUCUCACCAGACUCCCAACUCCUAGUAACUGCCUCCGAUGAUGGAUACAUUAAGAUUUAUGAUGUGCAACACGCCAAUCUGGCAGGAACACUUAGUGGCCAUGCUUCUUGGGUCCUGAAUGUUGCAUUUUCCCCUGAUGACACACACUUUGUAUCCAGUUCUUCUGACAAAAGUGUAAAAGUCUGGGAUGCGAGCUCCAGAAUGUGUGUGAACACAUUCUUUGAUCACCAGGACCAAGUGUGGAGUGUUAAAUACAACACCACAGGGUCCAAGAUCAUCUCUGCAGGGGAUGACCGUGCCAUUCAUAUUUAUGACUGUCCAGUCUGAUGCUUUCCUCAACUUCCUGUGUUUGCCCUGCUGCAAGUUUCCCUUUGGAAAUGGCUUCCCAAUGUUUUGUCACCCUGAUGUGUUGGCAGAUCAGUUGCAAUAUUUACACAGCUUGGUCUUACUAGUGGAUUGAAAUUAUCAAAGAAAACUAUUUUCACUUCUCAAAUUAACUUGUCCUUCUCAUAAACCUGACCUUUUAUGCCAGAAUUCAAUGUUGUUGUUUUUUUAACAAUUAAAUAUUCAGUUUAAUUACAA